UGGCUUGAGCGUCAGUUCGCGGCUGGAGUUACAAACGAUCGGUACAUUCGGCGGUGCUAACUAGCUACAUAUAUCCCUGCCCCACUCCACUCCCCACCCAUGGGGGCUCAAAUCAAAUUAACUGAGCGUUAAGACGUGCAUAACAAAUCCCAAUUAAAGUUUAUAAUUAAUAACCAAAGAGUUCACGGGGUCGGUCGGUCUGGUGAAAAGUUGAAAGUGCCUACAAAACUCCAAACAUACUCUAACAGCGAAUCAGUCUUGUCCCAAGUGAGUGUCGGUGUGUGUGUGUGUGUGCAUCUGUGAGUGUGAAGUGUACCUUCAAGGUAUCUAAGCAUCUACACUGGGUCCGUCCACUUCCACUGCCGUGUGCCUGCUCGAGCUGGAGCUGGAGUUGGAGUUGAAGUUGGAAACUCGUUUUUCAAAAGUCUGCACAAAACAAGAAAAUAAAGCGCGCGCGCGCUCGAGAGAGCUACGAAAAAUAAGAAAAAAUAAAAUAAAAUAAUAAUAAGAAAAGCAAAAGCAGAUCCGAUCCCCAGGCAGAGGCAGAGGCAGAGACCGACUAAGAGCCCAGAAUCAGCGCCGCAGAGUGCUCCAAACGUAUCUGACAGAUACCGAAGAGAGGCAGGCAGGGAUUUGGCUGUGGCUGUGGCUGCUGCUCGCCCUUCUGCAUUCUUUUUGCUUGUUUAUUUAAUUUUUGUGUGCUGUGCCGUGCCGUGCCGUGCUGUGCUGUGCUGUUGCUUCACUUGUUGCAGCUGCACACAGACACACAGAUACAUCUGUAUGCCAUAGAUACAGAUACAGUGCAACAAUACCAGCGCCUGUGCGGAAAACCAGAAAACCUGUUCUGACAACCGUGUGUCCCCGGGUGUCCCGUGUAUCCCGUAUCCCGUGUGGUGUGCGAGUGAGCGAGCCUCUAUAUCGGAAUUAUUCAAAUAAGAAAAUCGUCGUCGCUGUCGUCGUCGUCGUUGCUGUUUGCUGGUUGCCUCGUCCUGGACCCCAGUCGAAACCCGAAACAUUUGCCAACAUUUGAAAAGCAGAAAGCCUACCCCCCCCCCCCAAAAAAAAAACAACAAAAAAGAAAAGAAACCAAAAACCCGUUUAGUGGUUCUCUCGGGGGCCACACAAAUGUACAACAACGAUGGCCACAUUGGGCCUGUCAAAAGUCUUCAUACUGGAUAAAUAUUUUACGGAAUUGCAAAAAUUUUGGGAGACGGAGAAGAAGCUGCAGGAUGCUUCAUCAUCCAACGAGGCGGUGCAUCUGCAGCAGCGGCUCAAGAGCCUGAGCACUGAGCUGGUGACGCUGCGCAACCGAUUGCACGUGGGCCAGGGUCAAGGACAGGCGCAGGGUCAGAGCAAUGGCGCCCAGCCACAUGCCUCGCCAGGAAGCGGCGGUGGUGGUGGUGGUGGUGGUGGUGGUGGUGGUGGGGGGGCCAAUGUGGGUCCCAAGGCAAACAACUUUGACCUGAAUGCAUCCAGUCCGAAUCUGAACCUAAGCACUGCAGGUGGCGGCCUGUCCGCCAGUGCCCUGCAGCAGCAUACCAAUGGCCACCACACCGUGUCGCACAAGCAUUCGCACCACAACUUCAGCCACACGCUGCCGGCCCAUGCGAGCUCUGGGACGGUGGUGUCCGCACGAAACACAUCGAUUCCACACCCACUGCCGCACCAGUUGGGCGAGAAGACGGCCUUGUCGCACCAUCAGAGCCAUGGGGCGUCGACUGGCACGCUACCCCACAUGAGCAGCAUGGGAAACAUCCUCGGCCAUGGUUCCCACUCGCACUCGCACUCGCACUCCAACUCCCAUUCCCAUUCCAACUCGCACACGCUGCCCAUGCGCUCCUCCAACGCCAACGGAUUGGCAGCAACAGCAUCGAACGGCGGACUAGGAGGAGCAACUGCCUCUCAGCAUCAUCAGUAUUCGCAUGGCCAUGGCCAUGGCCAGCAGUUGCCAUUCAUAGCCGGACCGAAGCAUGCGAAUCCGUGCCACAGCGUCAAAACCUUGCCCUUUGGCUUCGGAUUUGCGCCCCAGCCAUCCGCCAUGGGCACGCAGCGGCUGCAGCAGGUCAGCGUUGUGCCCAAAUUGGCGCAGGACAUGCAGGACCUGAUCCAUCUGCCGGGACCACUCACCGAGCAUGCCGUUAUGCGUACUCUUCAGGCCCGCUUCAACGAGCAGCGGUACUUUACAAAUGUGGGACCCAUUUUGCUCUCCAUCAAUCCCUAUCUGGAUGUGGGCAAUCCGCUGACACUCACCUCCACACGCUCCAUGCCACUGGCGCCGCAGCUGCAGAAGAUCGUUCAGGAGGCAGUGCGUCAGCAGAGCGAGACGGGCUAUCCGCAGGCCAUCAUUCUGUCGGGCACUUCGGGCGCUGGAAAGACAGCCAAUGCCAUGCUGAUGCUCCGCCAGCUGUUUGCCAUUGCUGGCGGCGGACCGGAGACGGAUGCGUUCAAGCAUUUGGCCGCUGCCUUCACGGUGCUUCGGUCCCUCGGCUCGGCCAAGACCACCACCAACUCCGAGUCGAGUCGCAUUGGCCAGUUCAUCGAGGUCCAGGUGACGGAUGGCGCUCUCUAUCGCACCAAAAUCCACUGCUACUUCCUGGACCAGACGCGCGUCAUCCGGCCGCUGCCCAAGGAGAAGAACUAUCACAUUUUCUACCAGCUGCUCGCGGGCCUCAAUCGGGAGGAGCGCCAGAAGCUGCAUCUGGAGGGCUACUCGCCGGCGAAUCUGCGCUACCUGCGCGGCGACCCUGGCCAGAACGAGCAGGAGGAUGCGGUGCGCUUCCAGGCCUGGAAGACGUGCCUUGGCAUACUGGGCAUUCCGUUUCUGGAUGUGGUGCGCGUACUGGCUGCCGUGCUGCUGCUGGGAAAUGUUCAGUUUAUCGAUGGUGGGGGUCUCGAGGUGGAUGUCAAGGGGGAAACGGAGCUGAAUUCGGUGGCCAGCCUUUUGGGCGUACCGCCAGCCGCUCUCUUUCGCGGGCUGACCACCCGCACCCACAAUGUCCGGGGGCAGCUGGUGAAGUCCGUGUGUGGGGAUGGAGAUGCCAAUAUGACGCGCGAUUGCCUGGCCAAGGCUCUCUACUGCCGCACUGUGGCGACGAUUGUGCGUCGGGCGAACAGCCUAAAGCGUCUGGGCUCCACUCUGGGCACCCUGAGCUCCGACUCGAACGAGUCGGUGCACAACCAGGCGGAUGCUGCCUCGCAGCAUGCCUCCACCAUUGGCGGUGGCAAUGCGGGCUCCAAGUCGAUGGCAGCACUCAACAAUGCGGUGCGGCAUGCAACGGAUGGCUUCAUCGGCAUAUUGGAUAUGUUCGGGUUCGAGGAACCCGCGCCGCACGCCCAGCUGGAGCAUCUGUGCAUCAAUUUGUGUGCGGAGACGAUGCAGCAUUUCUACAACACGCACAUCUUCAAGUCCUCGGUGGAGUCCUGCCGGGACGAGGGCAUCGUGUGUGACAAUGAGGUGGAUUACGUGGACAAUGUGCCGUGCAUCGAUUUGAUUUCCUCCCUGCGCACGGGUCUGCUCAGCAUGCUGGAUGCCGAGUGCUCCGUGCGGGGCACUGCCGAGAGCUAUGUGACCAAGCUGAAGGUACAGCACCGCUGCUCCACUCGCCUCGAGACGAAACCCACCGCCGAGCCGCACGAUCCGCGCAUGUUUCUCAUCCGCCAUUUUGCCGGUCGUGUGGAGUACGAUACGACGGACUUUCUGGACACCAAUCGGGAUGUGGUGCCGGACGAUCUGGUGGCGGUGUUCUACAAGCACAGCUGCAACUUUGGCUUUGCCACCCAUCUCUUUGGCUCCGAGCUGAAGGCGCUCUACGCGCAGCAGCAGGCGCCGCGGGGUCUCAGCUUCCGCAUCUCGCCCACCUCCCACUCGGACCUGCUGAACGGCGACGAGCCUGUGUCCACGCUCACCCAGGACUUUCACACACGGCUGGACAACCUGCUGCGCACCCUGGUGCAUGCCAGGCCCCACUUUGUGCGCUGCAUCCGCAGCAACGGAGCCGAGCAGGCGGGCACCUUCGACAGGGCCACCGUGGUGCGGCAGAUCAGAUCGCUGCAGGUCCUGGAAACCGUCAAUCUGAUGGCCUCGGGCUUCCCGCAUCGCAUGCGAUUCAAGCAGUUCAAUGCCCGCUACCGGAUGCUGGCUCCCUUCCGCCUGCUGCGGCGCAGCGAGGACAAGGCUCUGGAGGAUUGCCAGUUGAUCUUGGAGCAGCCACCGGUGCUGGAUGGCACCGUGACGUUGGCCUGGGCGCCGGGCAAGCGGCAUGUGUUCCUCAGCGAGGGCAUUCGCCAGCAUUUGGAGCACCUGCGCACGGAGAUUCGCCACAAGAGCGCCACCCUCAUGCAGGCCACCUGGCGCGGCUGGUGGUGGCGCAAGAAGAUGGGCAAUGGCGGCAAGCGUACGCGAAUGACCCACCACUUGCCCUCGCCAUCGGCAGCGCCACUGCCAGUGUCGAAGCAGCCCAGCCAUUCCCACAAUUCCCACAACUCGCAGAGCAAGUCCGCAUCCACAACGAUGGCUGCCUUGGCGGCCGUGGCUGCUGCAGCUCCAACGACAGUGCCACGCCUCUCGGCAAAGUCCACGAAUCUUGGCAUCGGUGGCACGGUGACGACCAGGCCAAGACCACAGCCGAUUGCUGGCACACCACCGCCAGAUCCACACGAGAAAUGCGACCAGAAGAUUAUACAGCAAACCUGCAGUCUGUUUGGACUGGACCUGGAACGUCCACCGCCUGUGCCACCCUCUCGAUCCUACACGAUCAGCGGCAACUCCAAGUUGGGUUAUCCGCAGAGUCGCCUCAUGAAGACGAGCUUUCCCGAGGAUGCACUGGCCAGCCCCCCAACCGCUGCCCAAACGGAGACGCAGCAGCUGAAGAAGGGCGAAACGGUGACCGUGGUGGGUGCCUCCAGCGGCCGGGGACAUUUGCUGGUGGAGCACAAGGGCCAGAGCUACCACGUGCCCUUUCAGUACAUGGAACUGUCGUCGGGCAGUCACAGUGGAAAUGCGAAUGGCAAUGUGGCUGCCCUGCCGCCUGCCGUACAGGCGAAUGGUGUUAAGAUUUAACGAUCAAUGCUGAAGACUGUACAUAUAUGACAUUUUGUAUUUUUGUAAUCUAAGCAUUCCACUUUACACAUCUACUUACAUACAUAUUUAUGUGUAGAUUAUUCAUUCAUGCCCCUGCCCCUGCCCCGCCCGAGGUGCUUCUCUGACGUUCAUUCACGUAGUAUUAUUCAAAGUGUUCUUUUCACUCGAUAGGUUGUAGCUUCAAUCGCCUAAGCCCCACACACAAGUGCCAAUCAAAUAAGUUCUUCCAUCUAGCUGUGUAAGUGCAUAUUUCGUAAGCGACUGAGAUUACAUUUUGGCAGUGCUAAAAAGGCCAACAAUUACAUGAUAAUCAACUGAGCAUUUGUACUGCUCCCUUCGGGGAAUUGUAUUGGUGUUGUUAGCCUUAAGGUUCAUUACUUUAAUUCAAAUAAAAAUGAAGCAUGCAUUGGAAAUA